UCUGAAUUGACUGUGUGCUUGCCAACUCUAUCGCCAUGAAGUGCUGCUGCUGCAAGCCCAAAAUCUCGGACAAGAAGGUCAACCAGAUUCUUCUCUGCGUGUUUGCCAUCCUAAACUCCAUCGCCGCAGUCUGGCUCCUUGUCAACGAUGAGUACAGCAUUAGCAAUGCCGGCAUCGCGCGGUCCACGAUCUCCCGCAUCGUGUUGCACCUGUAUCACAUCAUGCUCUCGUACGCAUUGUUCGCGGCCACGGCGUUCGGAUCCAAGCAACCCCUCGAGUGGUUCGGCUUGAUCGGCAACUUCAUCGGCAGCGGCUUCUUCCUCUUCUUCCUCGGGUUCCUCACGUUGAUGCUGGACAACGUUUACGGCCUGGUCGUCGCGAUUAUCACGAUUGUAUACGGGCUCGCCGUGAUUGUGUACGGCAUUGCCACCAAGAAGCCAUCACUCCCUGAAGGCGGCACCACUUACCGCAACCUGCGCGAGCUUGAUGAAGCGUAGUUGUUUUGACCUUAAUUCAUUCAUAUCGUCGUCC